AAACCGUGAAAUUAAUGAAAAAGAUAAAAACACCCGCCAUUUAUACUUACCUCGUGGGAAUAAUGCAUGGGAACUCGAAUAAUGGGACCACGUGUUAUGUCGCUGGAGUUGCUACCGCUGGGAUAGUCUCGUGUUUUUUUUUCCCUUUUGCAGUAUUUUUCGCCCCCUUCCCAGAGCUGGGAAUUCUCGGCUUUCGUGUAGCACUGCACAUAGCACACGUUUCGAUUAUCGUGCCAGUACCGUCCCGGUGCUUGAGCUGCCGCUGUAUCCCUGCCUCAUUUCCCCAUCCAUUACUAAUGGCGCGAAUCGUGUGCAACGAUACAGCGCUCCCGCCGCUUCUUGCAAGGCGCGCGAGAAAUCAGAUCACCGGCACGUCGCAUCCAUAUCGCAUCGUAUCGAAAUUUCCGGGGGCGAGGGGAGGGGAGGGGUGACCUCAUCAACGGCCGAUCGGGUGCGCUAUUCUUGGAAUCAGAGAUCUGUCCCAGCUGCGGGGUUUUGUUUGAGGUUCAGCUGAACUUGGCCAAGCACUGUCCUACCCUGACAGG